AUGGGUGGCAGAGUAUUGUAUCGGCUCGACCUCUGGUUAACAAAGGGCUUAUCAAAAGAGUUGGUUCGGGAUCGUCUAUCUCAGUUUGGGAUGAUCCUUGGAUUCCAGCAUCUCGCCCGAGGGCGAUACACAGUCAAAUCAGGGUAUACGAUUGCCCAAGAAGCUAUGGAUGCUGACAACAUGAUACAGUUUGGUCCAGACUGGGAGCACGUUAAGGAGUCGUGGUAUACAGACAGAUCCACAAUGUAUGCGCUGUGGUAUGGCGGCGGAAACGAUUAA